CAAAACCCUGACCUAGGCUAUGGCUUCCUUGGUGUCCAAGCUCGCGCGGGCAGCCUUCGCAACUCGCGCCUCUCCCUCCUCCGUUGGAGGUAUUGUUGGUGCCGGUCGCCCUGCAGCCGCGAUCCGUGUUUACUCUGCAGGAGGCCCCAUGUCAUCAGAAGAAGAAGAAGAAGAGAAAGCCAGGCGUAAGUCAGAAAUUUCAUCGGCAUCCGACCCAAGCCUGCAUGAAGUUCGUCUUGCAGACCUCAGCUGUAUCCCCUUUGAUGAAGAAGGCCCCCCCGAUGAACGUCUCUAUGUUGAUGAAAAGGUACUUCAGUCGGAUGAAGCCAUGUGGGCCUUCUAUGAGCAGUGGUGCAAGAUCCAUGGCAUAUCGCGUACCCGUGGUGAGAUGGAACGCCAGUUCAAGGGAUUCAGGCAGGGUGCAGAGAUUGUGCACAGGUCUAGUGCUGUGGGUGAGCGCAAGUGGAUGACCGCAUUUGCAGAUAUGACCGAGAAGGAGGGAUCUCGUCUAAUUGGUCCCAUCAGACCCAUAAGAAAAUGAUUAUGUCACACUCUUGUGUGACCCUUAGGUCAUGUACAAUGGUUGAUAAGACUGUAUUAUCUUAAUCCUACCACGUAAUCUAGAUAUAACAAUAAAACAUGAUGUACAAUGGGUUAUUUUUUAGUCUUAUCUUUUGUAACGAGACAUCCUAAAUUCGU